AUGCUCAAGCCAGUCGAGAUCUGGACUUUGGACUAUGCAGUACACAAAGAUGUGAAGUCCAGCUAUCUUAUUAAAGAACAAAGAUUCUUAUUAUGCUUCUCUGAUAUAUUGGUAACCCAUAAAAAAAACGUACCAGAGUAUCGCCAAAUGUUAGCCCAAUUAAGAGAGCUAUUGCAAUAUGAAGUAUUAUUUCAUAACUCAACCGACAUUAAUCUUUACCGUGUUCAUAAUUUUAACAGCAUCGGACUGAAUACAGCUUACAAAGUAUUGUUACAAAAUAGCUCAAAAAUAAUUCACUGCUUUGCUUUAAUGAACAUGCGACGCGUAAAAGAGACUCGAGCAAUGCCAUUGAUUAAAAAGCAUAUUGACCAAAAAUAA